AGUGAAGGAAGUUUUAACCGACAACAAUUUAGGUCAACGACUGUUUGGGGAAACUAUUCUUGGGCUCACUCAAGGCUCGGUCUCUGAUUUGCUGGCUAGACCAAAGCCAUGGCAUAAACUUAGCUUGAAAGGAAGAGAACCAUUUGUACGCAUGCAGCUUUGGCUCAAUGACCCAAACAAUGUAGAUAAGCUUAUGGAUAUGAAGCGGAUGGAAAAGAAAGCAUAUAUGAAAAGACGACACAGCUCAGUGAGUGACAGUCAGCCAUGUGACCCUCCAUCUGCAGGCUUGGAUUACAGUCAGGGUUCCAGUCCCCAGCCGCAACAUCAGCUGAAGAAGCCACGAGUAGUGCUGGCUCCGGAGGAGAAAAGAAGCCCUGAAAAGGGCAUACCAGCAAAAGCCAUACCCUUCUCCAAAAACUAUAGAGGAGCUUGCCACACAGCUAAACCUGAAAACCAGCACUGUUAUUAACUGGUUCCAUAAUUACAGGUCUCGUAUACGCAGAGAACUGUUCAUUGAAGAAAUUCAAGCAGGUAGCCAUGGACAAAUUGGUUCCAGUGAUUCCCCAUCAGCUACAAGCAGUAGAGCAGCUCAAAGUUCAGAGGGAGAUAGCUGUGAUGGAGUAGAUAUGGAAAGCACAAGUGAUGGGAAACAUGGUAUAUUAGAAGGAGAUGAAUUCAACAGCGACAACUCAAAGUCUCAGGGAGGACAGACUGAUUCAGCUUUUGAAGAGGGUGAAGACGCUAGAUCUACUGAGAAACCAGAAUCCACCCGGUCAGACGGAGACAGCUUGGUUGAUAGGGAGGAAGAAGGCCGGAGAAAGCUGCAAAGUCGGACUUCCCUUCCUGGAACUCGGUGUUCUGGGGAAACUUUAGACAUAACACCGAAAUCUGCUACUGAAAAGCAUGCCUCUACCUCAGCUGCCUCAAGCUUGGUUCCCACAAAGGAAGGUUUCCAAAAACCUAAAGAGGAUUCUGAGAAACUAUCCAGCGUGCCAAGUACAAGCUCACAGAAAGGAAACUCUAUCCAGAGCUUGUUCAGCUUUUCUGAGACAUCAAGUUCCAAAAACACACGGGACAACACCUUGAGGAAAAAGAAAGCCGCAAACUUGAACAGCAUAAUUCAUCGUUUAGAGAAGGCCGCUAGCCGGGAAGAGCCCAUAGAAUGGGAGUUUUGA